UACUGAAAUGCAGUCACGCUGGCUCUGGUCAAUCCUUGUGACUGUCAUUCCACAACGUAGGACUUCGAGGCCGCACAAACCUCAAGGACGCGGAGUGAAACAUGGACAAUGAGCGCUCGACGGAGGCGUCGAUGCUGUACCAGGGCAUCGGUAUGCUGCUGCUGUGCAUCAUCUUCUUUGUGGUGUGGCUUAUGGCGUGUCGACGCAAUCGUCACCUUCUCGACAUGGAGGUCCCGCUGCUGUCAGGCGAGUCGGUCGAUCAUCGAAUAGAUGCCGCCACUAGAGAAGCAGAGGCUGGCUAUAGCGUAUGCGCCAGCUGCGAGUUCGAGAACUUCAAGCGCUUCGAUUACUGCGUUUUGUGUGGCGACAAACUGCCGUCGCUAUCCAUGGUGACGGCCGACGACGAGAGCGACGAGGAGGAACAGCAGCAUCAACUUCGACGUGCUGAGAGCAACUCGAGCAGAGGAGGAGCCAUGAGCAUUGUAAUGAAUGCGGACCAACCGGCGCAUCUGAUGUCACCCAGACCAAGGAAAAUGUCGUCGUUGAGUCGCCAGCAACGGCGCGCCAGGAACCGUCGCGAAUGGAGUAGGAAGUUGGACGUGGAAGGAAAUCUCUUCUGGUACCGAAGUGGCGGUGGAAACGUGCCGGUAAGUAACGAGUUGGACACACUCAUGCCUGGUUACACGUUGAGUUUCAAGUUCCCAGAGGAAGAAGAGCCAGAGCUGGAGAAGGAGACGAACGAAGACCAGGAGCAGGAUGAGGAGACAACCCCUGAUAAUGAACCGGUUCUCGCUGUGGAACAGCCACGGGAGGUCAAGGAAGACAUUCUAGAAAAACCGAUAUUGCCUACAGACGUAAAAGUGGAGCUGAUUGAGGCUUCAGGUUCUGACCCAGCGGAAUUCCCUACAGGCAAGUCGACACUUGGCGAUGCUGGUCCAGAGCGUCGCAAGGAGACUGUGUCUAUGGCGGCUAGUGACUUUCCUUCCAAGUAUGCGCACUUUGUAGUGAGCACUGCGUCCCUAAUUGUGCCUGCGGAGGUGGAAUUUCUGAAGUUGUCGGUACACCGCGACUACAUGAUGGAGGAGUCAAUGGAUCACAUGUACUGCAUUCAACCGAAAAAUCUGCGCUCCUUUAUGCGUAUCAAUUUCUUGGAUGAAAGUGGCGUGGACGCUGGUGGUGUCCACCGUGAAUGGUUUAUGCUGGUGAACGAGCUGCUGGCUUCACCGACGCUACGACUCUUUACGUGUACGAACAAGGCUGACCAGAGCUACUAUUUCAACCCGCAGUCCUCCGCAGAGGUGGGUGAAGACCACCUUGCCUACUACUUCGCCACUGGACGUUUGAUUGGUCGUGCAUUACUGGAAGGUGGUAUCUGGGGUUUCCAUCUCGCGCUACCAUUGCUGAAGGUGAUCUUGGGUGUCCCAGUGACUUUCGCCGACAUGGAGUUCCUGGACCCUGAGACUUAUCGUAGCCUACGUUGGCUGAUGGACAAUGACGGCGUGGACGAUCUCGGACUUGACUUCAGUCUAACCGAGCAGAUAAAUGAAUCCGAGAAGAUCGUGGUGGAUCUGAUCCCGAAUGGAAGGAAUAUCGCCGUCACGGACGCCAACAAGCGCGAAUAUUUGGAUCGUCGCUUCCGAUACGUGUUGUUCGAGAGUGUUGCCGAUCAGAUGCAUGCGUUCCUCAAAGGUUUGUACGAGGUUAUUCCUCGUGAGAUGCUGUUGAUCUUCGACCCAGAAGAAUUUGAUUACUUGCUAUGUGGAUCCCCGGAAAUCGACGUCACGGACUGGGAGGCACACACCGUUAUGUCCCCAAAUCUCGAAGGUGCUAACGUGACCCGAUGGUUCUGGGAGAUCGUUCGUCAAAUGCCGAACGAAUACCGCCGGCGUCUUCUGUUGUUCGCGACGGGAUCAGCGUGCGUUCCACUUUCGGGUUUCCGUGGUUUAACUAGUUACGAUGGCCGCCUAUGCCCGUUCAACCUCAAGGGUGUGUCGUACAAAAUGACGCAGUACAUUUCGAGUCACGCAUGCUUUAACCGGUUGGAUUUGCCCUUGUAUAGCAGCAAGAAGGAGUUGAAGACAAUGCUGUACGCCACGCUGGAGACCGAUCUCACGGGUUUUACGACGGCAUAACCCAAGCUCGGCGCCAUUGGGCGUCGCAAUGUAUCUACGUUAUCGAGGGAUGCCAAAGAGCAAACCUACUGUAAACAGCUCAAUUGCUGCUAUAAUAAUUUUGAGAUUUUUUGUAACUUUCUGGAUAUCGCUGAGAAUCACUGCGGACACGGCAUUUGCGGUCGACCUUCAAAUUGAGUAAUACGUUUGUAAACUGUUCCAACUUAGGUUCCAACCUUCUUCCUAUUAGGAAGUUCCUAAUGCCG